AUGAAAUUCACAUUUCUGGGCUUUCACAAACAGAUUAUUUUUCAGCAGCCUCUGAAGAACCUGACGGACAUGGUGGCGGUGCUCAUGCAAGACACAAAGAAGUGUAGUGCCAACCAGGAGGAGGUUUCGACAGAGGAAGCAGAACCUACAGGUGGUCAGGAUGUUCAGACAUCCAGUGAAGGGGCAGGACAGAUAGAAGGAGAGGUGGCUGGAGCUUCAGGGCUCCAGGACACAAAGAAGUGUAGCGCCAACCAGGAGGAGGUUUCGACAGAGGAAGCAGAACCUACAGGUGGUCAGGAUGUUCAUACAUCCAGUGAAGGGGCAGGACAGAUAGAAGGAGAGGUGGCUGGAGCUUCAGGGCUCCAGGACACAAAGAAGUGUAGUGCCAACCAGGAGGAGGUUUCGACAGAGGAAGCAGAACCUACAGGUGGUCAGGAUGUUCAGACAUCCAGUGAAGGGGCAGGACAGAUAGAAGGAGAGGUGGCUGGAGCUUCAGGGCUCCAGGACACAAAGAAGUGUAGCGCCAACCAGGAGGAGGUUUCGACAGAGGAAGCAGAACCUACAGGUGGUCAGGAUGUUCAUACAUCCAGUGAAGGGGCAGGACAGAUAGAAGGAGAGGUGGCUGGAGCUUCAGGGCUCCAGUGGGUCCAUGAACUUGGAACACUGAGCAACCAAUCCGGCAAAUUUAAAGGCAUACUGGCACAGCAUACUGUACCAGAGGGGCCCACCAGGACAGUUAAACCACUCUGUCCCACAAGAUGGACUGUCCGUGGGCAAGCUGUGCAGGCAAUCCUCAAUGAAUAUGAGGCUAUCCUAAACAGUCUGGAGGAAAUGGCCUCAUUUGGUUCGGACACAGGCACUAGGGCAAAUGGUCUAUUGGAGCGAUUCCAAAAGGGGAAGACCAUUCUGGGCCUCUUUCUAGCCACAGAGGUGCUCGGAGAGCUUGAGUGUUUGAACAAAUUCCUGCAGAAUCGUUCCCAAACAAUUGCCGGCAUGCAGACUGCAGUUCUAUAUGUAAGCUCAACUAUUCAGGAGAAAAGGACUGAGGAAAAGUUUGCAGAAUUGUUUGAGAAGGCAGUGCAGAUGGUGGAUACUUUAGGGAUUGAGGCUAUUGAAAUUCCUCACCAAAGAAAACCCCCUAGAAGAUAUACUAGUCAGGCUAGUCAUCAUCAGCCAAAGACAGCAGAGGAGUUCUACAGGAUUGAGUUUUUCAAGGUCUUGGACUGUUUGGAUAUGCAGUUCAAAGACAGAUUCAACCAACCUGAUCUGGAGAAAUUCAAACAGGUUGAGGAUGUGCUCCUCACCGGUAGGCUUAAUGACACUAUUGGAGAGUAUCCAGAGACUGACAGGGAGAGUCUGAGGAUUCAGCUUCCCAUGUUUCUCAACAAGCAUGCAUUGAAAUCAAGUGGAGAAGCUGCAGAUAUCCUGAGAGGGAUGCCCAGUGAAGUAUGUGGCCUGUUUGAUGAGGUGGAGAAACUUGUUAGGCUGUUGUUAGUUAUCCCUGUGGCAUCAGCAGAAGCUGAAAGAAGCUUCAGUGCUUUGAAAAGGCUAAAAACCUGGCUGAGGUCGACAAUGACCCAGCAGCGCCUUAACAACGUCAGCGAGAGAAAAUCAAAUGGAGUAGAAGACCUGUUGCUUCGACUUGGUCUGAAGAAGAAAUAUAAAGACAAACUUACCAGCACACACUUUCUUGAAAUAUCCAAAUCCACUUUAGAGUACAAAGAGCCCAGUAAAGAGAACGAACUGGUUCAUGUUUUCAUGCAGCGGCUUUUGACAGGAGAUUACAGAGCAAGACACAUCUCUGUCAGAAACGAAACCAACGUACCUAAAUCUCUGACAGGAGCUAAAGGAAGUGCUUUUGUUGCUCUUUGUAAAAAACAGGAUGUAAAGACUGAAAGGAAACAGGCUGAGAUUCACCCAAUGGAUGUUCAGAUGGCAGUGUUCCUUUGUGCAGAUCAUUUUCUUCAACAAAUCAUGGUGACUAAACUGGCACAGUGUCAGUAUGCAAUCCCUCUGCUGGUACCCAAUCUCUCUAGUGGGAAAAUUGAAUUUCCUUUCUGGACAAUGCGGCAAAUCAACAAGAGUUGGAAGUCGACUGAUGCUUCAGGACAAAUCAUCAGCGAGACUCGACCUGUUUCCAAAGCAGAAACUCCAAUGGUGGCAUUCUUCAAGCUUGGGUCUGUUUCCUCAUCCAAGUCUCAGCUGAUUAACAACCUGAUUAAUGACAAGCACAACACAUUUUUCCACAGACACUGUCCAGGCAGCAGCAGAAACCGUCUACUGAUGGAUGGAGUGGUGGAGAUCGCUUGGUACUGUCCAUCUGGGAAAAGCUCUGAUCAUUUCACUGAAUGUGUUGCUUUCUAUAAUCUUCAUGGUGAUUCCAGCAGAGCUGUAACUCAGAGAGAGAUACUUAUGACCACGGCCUCUGUAAAUGUUGUACUUUUGCCUAAGCUUGAUGAGGAUGAUAAUAAUAUGAGACUUGUAGAGGAGCUUUGCGAAUCCCCAACACCUCUCAUUGUUGUUCUUACUGAUGAAGAGAAUGAUGAUGAAGAUGCUGAGUGUGAGAUCGGUACAGGAAAAUACAGAGUGGAACUAAAAAGUGGAAGUCAGUCUAAUGCGUCUAAUGUACUCAGAAAUAUUAUCAGGAAAUGUCUCUCACAAAAACACAGGACCUUCAAUCUUGAGAAAAUGACCAACAACUCAGAGGUCAGUGUGGAUGAGCACAAUGAGGCCUGUAAGAGAGGAAAGGAAGCUGCACAAAAUAUAAUGGGUUUUCUCAAAAGAAAAGAUCCACUGAGGGUAAAAGAGAAAUAUCUGCCCUGCCAGGGAAAACUGUGGCAUGACUGGUGCCAAACGAGCAAAGACUUACGGCGACUUCAAAGUAACAACAUAGAAAACGAGCUCAGCAACAAGAAAACUGAAAUGAAGGAUCUCAGAAGGGAACAACAGGAACAUGGAUUCAGUGACCUCAUGAAGUUAUUUGUCGAUGGUUUGAUCAGUGAGAAAUUAAACCUGUCAGUCAGUGAGAGAGUGUAUUUCCUCAGAUGGACUGUAAUUGGGCUGACUGAAUUCACUUCAGAGAAACUCUCUACCAUCCAACAAGAUGAAGAAUCAAACUUAAAAAAAAAAUCAAAAGAACUGAAUGCUGCCAACUUUGGCUUGGAGCACAUGCUGAGAGAGAUGGGCCAGAUUUAUGAAGCCUCAGUCUCUGAAGAAAAAAGCAUGAGAGGGAACCGGGUUGGAAACGUGAAUAAACUGCCUGAACUUGCUGCUAAGCUCAUGAUAUCUGGGCACCCGAUGGAGCUGAUGGACGGUGAUGCAGCUUAUGUUCCUCUAACCUGGGUUUCAGCUGUUUUAGAUGAAGUCAUCAGGAUACUGGGAGACCAGAGAGUUUUUGUGUUGUCGGUUUUGGGAAUUCAGAGCUCUGGGAAAUCCACCAUGCUGAACGCCAUGUUUGGGCUCCAGUUUGCAGUCAGUGCAGGCAGAUGCACCAGAGGAGCCUUUAUGCAGCUGGUUAGAGUUUCUGAGGACAUGAAGGAAGAGUGGAAGAUUGACUACAUUUUGGUUGUUGAUACUGAAGGUCUCAGAGCUCCAGAACUGGCUGGAAGCAACACCAUCCAUCAUGACAAUCAACUUUCCACAUUUGUGGUAGGAUUAGGAAACAUGACUUUGAUUAACAUCUUUGGAGAGAACCCAACUGAGAUGCAGGAAAUACUUCAGAUUGUUGUUCAUGCAUUCCUGAGGAUGAAGAAGGUCAGGCUAAACCCCAGCUGCAUGUUUGUGCAUCAGAAUGUUUCUGAUAUUACAGCUAGAGAGAAAAUCCUGGAUGGAAGGAGAAAUUUGCAGGAAACGCUGGAUAAAAUGACUAAAUUAGCAGCUAAAGAUGAAGACGACUGUGCAGAAAAUUUCACUGAUGUCAUUGCAUUUGAUGUAGAGCAUGAUGUGAAAUAUUUUUCACAGCUCUGGGAGGGUUCUCCACCCAUGGCACCACCAAACCCAUGCUACAGCGAGAACAUCCAGGAACUAAAGAGAGAUAUUCUUUCUCAUGCAAAAACUACAGAUGGCCUGAAAUUAUCACAGUUUCAAAAGCGUGUGAAAGAUCUGUGGAAUGCUUUACUGGACGAAAAUUUUGUUUUCUGUUUUAAAAAUGCACAAGAGAUCUCAGUGUACAGGAGACUGGAGCAGAAGUAUGGGAACUGGACCUGGAGUCUGAGGCGUGAAAUGAUGACUGUAGAAAACAAAAUGCUGAACAGAGUAGCCAGUGGAAACAUAGAAACAGUCCAGAGGAAAGUUCUGGAAGAAGAAAUGGCAGGAACACUAAAGGAUGUCCAAAAUGCAUUUAAACAAUAUUUUGAAGAAGACAAUGAAAAGGAAACACUGAUUCAGUGGCAAUGCAGAUUUGAGACCCAAAUCCAGAACCUCCAUGAUGAUCUAAUAGAGGAAGCAAAGAGGAAAGUGGAUGAUAGCAUUAAGCAGGGAAGCAUGAGACAAAACCUUGAUCAGCAACGUGUGAAAUAUGAGAAGACACUCUUUGAAAAGAGCAAAGAGCUUGCUUCAAGACUUAAAAGACAGACUAACUGUAAAACGGACACAAGUAAGGAGUUUGAUUCCAUGUGGGAACAAUGGGUCUCUGAAAUAACUAAACAAGCUCCAAAAAUCAAAGAUGUUAACAUCUCAAACGAGAUAAUGGAAGUUCUGGGAGAGGUCUACAAACAUGACUUGGUUUCAAAUCGAAAGCGUUCUUCAGAGUAUAGAGGAAUUGGACGUGUCCGUGAUUACAGCAGCUAUAUCCCAACUUACAAGAGCAUGUUCAAAUGGAUUAUGGAUAAAUUUUUGUGGAGAAAUCCUCUUACACCAGAGAACUUAAACCAAUCAAUACGUGAGCUCAUUAAUCAGGUCACUGAAGAAACCAAAAAACAGGUGGAGUCAUUUCCGUUCUCAACACAGGGAUACAAUUCACAUUAUAUUCAACGCAUUGCACAUGACGUCAAAACCCAGGUGCAGGAAUUUGAAACACGAUUCAAGAAAGAUCAAAAGUUAUCUGACGAUGUCUCUGUCUUUAACCAAGAUUUCUAUGUUGAUCUCUCACUUUAUGUGUGUGAACAGUCAGCACAAAGCAUCUCAGAGCUUCACAGGAAAUUCAGAGAAGUAAAUGAUCCACUUAAUUAUUUUAAAAAGAAAAGGGAUGAGUAUUUUAACAUCUUUCAGAAAUACUAUGAGGGAGCAACAUUAGCAGCGAUACUUGAAGACCGGGUUUGCAGUAAACUGAAAGAAGCGAUUCUUCAGAGUGUCUACAACAAGAUCGCUCUAUUUGUGUCUGGACAGAUGAGAGAGAAACCACCAUUUAAUGGGAACAGAGCUGAUCUGGAAAAACACAUUCUCAAGUCUUUAGCAGAGCAGAAGGGAGAUAAGGAUGUGAGGUUUAAAAACUACUUAACGUACAUGUACCGUCCUAAAGUCCACUUUGAGGAGUUCAUCAAGGCCAGGGUUAAAGAGUUCAUGGCAGCUGAAAACCCAAAAGCAGUUUCUGUAAUUGAAGAGUGCAUUGAUCAGAAACAGACCAGCAUCAUCACUGCUGCAAAAAAGACGACAGAUGAUGUCAAACGUGCCAAAGGUGAUGCAAAUCAGUGGCUGGAUGUUUUUACUAAGAGCCUUGCAGAUGAGUUAGGAGAUACGAAAGUUCAGUUGUGUGAUGAAGAGUGUAAGAAUAGCAUUGACUUCGAUGUUCUUGUGGAAGCCAUAAGGAAGGAACUCCCAGCUGUUGUUGAAGAGUUAAAGAAACGUCUCAGUAAGAUGUCAGACUUUUCCAUGGAGAAGUUCAGAGAAAGACCUGAUGAGAUUCUAAUCAAACAUUUCUGUGGGUGCUGCUGGAAACAGUGUCCUUUCUGUGGAGCCGUCUGUACCCACAGCCAAGAAGGUCAUCCUGGAGAUCACAAUGCUGAUUAUCAUCGCUCGUCUGCAGUGAGAGGAAUCAGUUAUAGGGGCACAACAGAAUUCGCCAUAGAGUUUUGCACAACAGAUGUAGCAAGUGGCUGCUCCUUUUACCCAUCCAGUGAACCUGAGACUCCUGUUCCUUAUAAAGAUUACAGGAAAGCAGGUGGGGUGUUUGCUGAAUGGGGAAUCUCCCCUGAUUUUUCCACGUUAGCUUACUGGAAAUGGUUUGUUUGUGAAUUUCAGGAAAAUCUUGAAAAACACCAUAACAAACAGUUUUGUGGUGACGGGGAGAUUCCUGCUGAGUGGAAAGAGUUUACCCUGUCAGAUGCUGUUAAAAGUUUAAGAAUACAUUAA